AAACGAAUUUCAGACAUGUACCCCAACAUUGUUGUCUGGCACUGUCUAAAUCACAGACUCGAACUUGCAGUUGCCGAUAGUGUUUCUGAGACUACUGGCAUGAACCAUUUUCAUUCUUUCAUGGACAAGCUAUACUCAGUCUACAGUAGAUCAGCACUAAAUCAGCAAGAACUCCGAAAUUGUGCGAAGGAACUGGAUGCUGUCUUGAGGAAAAUUGGUCGUGUACUGGAUGUGAGAUGGGUUUCCAGUUCGUUCAGGACUGUCUCCGCUGUGUGGGAAAGUUUUGAAGUUCUGUCGACUCAUUUUAAAGCUGCCGUAAGCUCUAAGCGGACUUCUGCUGAAAGAGCGACAUACAGCGGUCUACUGUGAAAAGGCUGUGCUCGCCAGAAUUUCUCAUUGACCUCGGAGUUAUGUACGAUGCCUUAUACGAACUUUCACUGCUGUCAGAGAUUCUCCAGAAACGGACUACUACAUUGGUUUAUGCAGAUAAAAUGGCACGUAGAACAGUAAGGAUUUUUGAAUCCAUGAAUGAGAAUGUAGGUACAAAGACUCUUGAAGCGCAGAUAGCUGCCAUGGAAGGAACAUUUAAAUCUACAGUGCUGACGUCGAAUCCCAAACAUGUAAAAAUAAAUCAUAAACAAUUCCUUACCAAACUCGCCAAUCAUAUGAAAGAACGACUUUUUACAACCACUGCAUCAAAUGAGAAGGCUUCUUCCGAGGUGAAUUGCCAAAAAUAUGAAAGUCUUCUUUCUGAGCUCUUGGUCCUGGAUCCACACCACUGGCCUGCAGAACUACCCCAGGGUUAUGGCGAAAAUGAAGUUGAAAGAUUGUGUCGGCGCUUUCAGCUAAAUGAACGUAUUAUCAAAAAUGCAUUUCGAGAUUUUAAGGAGAACAACGGAAGAAUUCCAGAUGAUUUAGCUCCACUUAUUAACUGCACACGUGUGAUCCCGUGCAGUACUGCUGAAUGUGAAAGGGGAUUCAGCCAAAUGAACUUAAUUAUAACUGAUCAGCGUUCCAAAAUUUUAAUCAAACAUGCUUCAGCCUUAAUGUUUAUCAAGCUUCAUGGACCCCCUUUGAGACAGUGGAAUCCAAGCCCUUAUGUGACCACUUGGUUGCGACACAAUCAUCGAUCCGCAGAUGACAGCCGUACACGGGUGGCAGCUCCAAUUUCCAGCGACUCCCCUGACGCUCUGUGGCAGUUCCUAUAGUUGACUAAAAACAACCUGUGAUUGGUAAGUGCAACUUUUAAUUUUCUAUAGAGAGGGGAGAUUUUACAGAAAUUUGUUAAGUAAAAUAUGUGUUAUAUUAUUAUUAAAAAAACCCCGAUUAAAUCGCGUUAAAUGGAAAGUGGGCGUAACUGUUAAUACCUCGUUAACUAUUUAAUUGAUUCUCAUUGGGACCGCUCCGCUACUUUUUUUUUUACC